AUGGGAGCCGGCAAACCGAAGCAGUUUACGAGGCCGCCUCCAAAGAAGAAGCCGCAGAAAUCAUCAGUGCUGGAGUCUGUCGAUGACUUUCAAGAUGCAGCCGAUUAUGAAGAGAGUGCUGGAGGGAAGCAUCGUGUUGGCGACCCUGUCAAGUCUGGCAGGGCUUUCGUGAGAGCAUUUGAUGUCUACGACAAAGGUCUCUCAAAGCAUCCCUCAAGUUUUGAUCUGGCCUACAACAAAGCUCGUCUCCAACUCGAGAUCUCCCAACAUGAGAACAUCCUCGAGCACAUCGGCGUGGAAAUGCUGGACUGGCUGCAACUUACCCUGGAAUCCCACCGAUAUGCGUUGAAGUUGAGCGGAGACAAUCCGGACGUUCUGUUCAAUACGGCCCAGGUGUUGAGUUCUCUGGCCGAAGGCUUAUCUGGAGACGAUCGUUCAGAUGAAGCCGUACCUCUACUGCAUGAAGCCCUGGAACUGCUCUCGUCGUGUCUUUCGAAGCAAGAGAUGAUGUACGAACAACAUCAGCUCGAUUUCCCAGAUACCGAAGAAGGCGGUGUCCCUCUAGACCCGGACGAGAAGCCAGCGCCGACCGAAGAUACUGACAUGCAGGAUGAGCAGUCGGCAGUGGUCGAAGUACCGAUUUCUGCGUCUGAUCUGCUCGAUACUGUGCACGCCUCCUUAUCAGCCCUCAUUACUCUUGUACCCCUGGCGGAUCAGCCUGGUCUUCAGAACCUGGGCGAGAUGGCGCAGACAUUAACCGAGUCAAAGGCACCUGACUACAUCAAACUCGUUCCAGCAGAAGAGCAGGACAGAGCUCGCUUCUCAAUCGCCUUGGAUCGCGCUGGAUUCAUAGCGGCGUUCGCCAACGCACAGUUCGAGUUCCAGAUUAUCGAGCUGCAGACAUACGUAGAGCGUCUCGAGACAUUCAACAUCCCAGGCAAAGAAGCGGACGCCACAGCCCUCAACACAGAAGCCGAAGCGCGGACAGAGCUGGUAUUGGCAAGUCUGGAUCGAUUCGGCGAGUCAUCAGAUCUUCCUGCAAUGCUCUGCUGGAAACAAAUGAGCCUGUCUCAAGACUUGUAUACUCAAACGACGAAGCUAAGCACCGAGGAUGCUCAAGAGCGCAGAGCCGAGACGUACAAAGCAAAAGGCGACCUCGAACUCCUCCGACAUCGCGUGGCCAACGUACCGAAAGCUGACCUCUCAGAUGGCGUUAGGAAGAGUGCAAAGACGCUCAUUCAGAAUGCUCAGACGUACUACAAGGGCGCUGUGUCCCAUGCGAAAGUCAGUGGGGAUAAAGAUGUGGAAGAAGAAGCUCAGCAGAGGUGGGAUCUGGCGAAGACUAUUGCUGCGAUGAUGUACGGUGGCGAUCAACCGGCGGUCGAGCCGGACACCUUAAUGGAGGCUUUGCAGGGUUGUGUUGAUGAAGGGUUUGUCAGUGAACAGUUGGCGCAGGCGAUGAUGCAGGGCUCGUUUGCGUCGGGGAGCUGA